GCGGCGCGGGGGGGCGAUGCACCGGCGGGCCCGGGGCCGCCGAGCCCCGCACCGAGCCCCGGCCCCACGAGCCGCAGCCGCCCCGCGGCCGGCCCGGAGCGCGCGGGCUGGACGGGCGGGGGGCCCCAUGGGCCGGGGUUAGCCCGGCGGCGGCGGUGGCGGCGGGGGCGAUGCGGGCGGCAGGAUGCCGCGGCUCCCGGUGAAGAAGCUCCGGAAGCAGCUGAAGCUGCUGCUACUGCUGGCGCUGCUCACCUCGGCCGCCUGGUUCACCUACCUGCACAUCAGCCUGGUGCGCCAGGGCCGCGCCCUGCGCCUCCCCUUCGCUUACAGCAAAGAUGGAGAGAGGCCAGGGGAGGUGACGGAUGCCGGGAAGCGGCUGGCGGCCCCGGCGCGGCGCAGGAAGGCCGAGGAUUCCAGCGAGAGCCGCGAGGAAGAUCCCAUGAGCGACGGGCAGGACGUGGAUGCCUGGUUUUCCAGAGGCCAGCAGCGUUCCAGCCGAGCCAGCGCCCGCCCCAAGCUCAACCUGACCAAGCAGGCUUUGCCCUGGAAUGAGCAGUACAAAGGGAAGGCAAACCUGCACGUCUUUGAGGACUGGUGUGGCGGGGCCGUGAGGCACCUGAGGAAGAACCUCCACUUCCCGCUCUUCCCGCACACCCGCACCACGGUGAAGAAGCUGGCUGUGUCUCCCAAGUGGAAGAACUAUGGGCUGAGGAUUUUUGGCUACAUCCAUCCCUUCAAGGAUGGGGAUUUCCAGUUUUCUGUGGCAUCAGAUGACAACUCAGAGUUCUGGCUCAGCUCCGACGACAGUCCCUCCAAUUCCCGACUGGCCGCGUUUGUGGGCAAGCUGGGCACCGAGUGGACGGCGCCAGGAGAGUUCACCAAGUUCAGCUCGCAGGUGUCCAAGCCCCUGCGCCUCAUGUCCUCCCGACGUUACUACUUCGAGCUGCUGCACAAGCAGGACGACCGGGGCUCGGACCACGUGGAGGUUGGGUGGCGAGUUUUCCUCCCCAGCCUGAAGUUUGAGGUGAUUGACUCCUCCUACAUCUCCCUGUACACAGAUGAGUCGUCCCUGAAGAUGAACCACGUGGAGCACAUCCCUCAGACCUUGGCCAGCCACAGUGGGAGCCACCUCUGGGAGGCCCAGCAGGACGAGCACGGGGCUGACAUGCUCAAGGCCGACCCCAGGGACACCUUCUUCCUCACCCCUGCCAUCGAGGCGUCCCGCGUGGAGAACGUGCUGGUGCCCUGUGCCUACAGCCCCACCUACGUGGUGAAGGAUUUCCCCAUCGCCCGCUACCAGGGCCUGCAGUUCGUCUACCUCUCGUUCGUGUAUCCCAACGACUUCACACGCCUCACUCACAUGGAGACAGAGAACAAGUGCUUCUACAGGGAGUCCCCCCUCUACCUGGAAAAGUUUGGGUUCUACAAGUACAUGAAGAUGGAUGAGGAGGAGGAGGAUCUGCGGCAGCGAGCGUUUCUCUUCCUUGGCCCUGACAAUUUCCUGGAGGAUGAGGAGGAGGAAGAGGAAGGAGUGGAUAGCCCUGAGCCCACAGACUCCCCUCCUGAGGCCAAGGAGCGGAGCUUUGGGCCGGCAUCCAGAGCCAAAGGGAAGGAUCCCACGCCGGUCACCGGGGCUUACGGAGAUGACCUGGACUAUUACAGCUUCCGCCGGCAGCGGGGCUGGGCACAGGCCAGGCCGGGCACCCCCGGGCAGCUGGGGGGCACGUGGGGCACCCCCGGGCAGCUGGGGGGGACGUGGGGCACCCCCAGCCCCCCGGCUGCCCUCCAGGGGGAUCCCGUGCCAGAGCGGGGCCCGCGCCGGGCGCUCCGCUGGCUGCCCCAGGACGAGGAGGAUGAGCUGGGGCUGCCGGCGGCGUCUCCAAAGCACCUGGGCCUCCAGCCCCACCUCUCCGUGCCCAUCUUUGGUGGCAAAGCCAAAACGCCGGGUCCCAGCAGGCCAGCAGCUCCCAGCGAGGACAAGAAGCCCCGGAAAAGCCAGGAGAAGGUCUACGUGACCCGGCUGCAGCCCAGGAAGCGCAAAGCCCCGGCCCAGGAGCCGGCCUUCCGCGGCAUUUUCCUGUAUCCAAAGCUCGUGAGGAGAGUCCACCUCCGCUCCAGGACCCCGCAGAAGCAUCCAAUCGCCCCCAGCAAGCUCCGGGCCCUUCCCGGCCGCCAGAGCCCCUGGCUCCUGAGCAACAUCUCCAGGGAGAGGGACCCUGCCAGGCGGAGGAGCGGCAGGAGGUGGGAGCGGCCGCCCAAGCAGCGGGUGCUGCCCGGCCUCUUGGCCCUUCAGGGGACCGAGGGGCUCUUCAGCCACGAGGACACCACCCCUGCUCCGGGCAGGACAGCAGCCACUGCCGGCUACAACUCAUCUGAGGCCACCCGCUCCGAGGGGACGAGGGUGACAUCCUUUCUGAAGGUGUCAGAGACCACGGCGUCGCAGCAGCAGGAGGGAAAGGGCCAGGAGGAGGAGGAGGAUGAGGAGGAAGAGGUGUCGGACUAUUCCUACGAGGCGGGGGAGCUGCAGCAGGGCUGGCUGGAGGACUCCAUCAACUGGCAGCGGACGUUCAGCGUCAGCUCCGUGGACUUCGAGCUGCUGCGCUCCGACUGGAACGACCUGCGCUGCAAUGUGUCGGGAAACCUGCAGCUGGCCGAGAGCGAGGUGGUGGACGUGGUGGCCCAGUACAUGGAGAGGCUCAACGAGAAGAACGGGGGCAUCUACACCCUCCUGAGGAUCAUCAACGUGGAGAAGCGGCGGGACACGGCGCGGGGGAACCGGUACCUGCUGGAGCUGGAGCUGGCGGAGCGGGGCCAGCGCACGGUGCGGCUCUCCGAGUACGUCUACGUCCUCCUGCACCAGGGCAAGCAGGACGACAGCGCUGAGGCCAACCCCGACGGGCUGGCCCUGGGGCCCACCGAGCCCCAGCCCAGUGCCUGGAGCAUCCUCUAUGGAAAAUCUGUGCUGUGCCAGCCGCUGCGGCUCAGCUGGAGGCAGGACGUCAUGGUGCAUUUCGUGGUGCCGGUGAAGAACCAGGCCCGCUGGGUGCAGCAGUUCAUCUCGGACAUGGCCGGCCUCUACGGGGCCACAGGGGAUGCGAACUUCAACGUCAUCCUGGUGGACUUUGACAGCGAGGACAUGGAUGUGGAGAAGGCCCUGCGGGACGCCCGGCUGCCCCGGUUCCAGUACCUGCGGCGCACGGGGAAUUUCGAGCGCUCUGCCGGGCUCCAGGCCGGUGUGGACAUGGUGGAGGACGAGCACAGCAUCGUGUUCCUGUGCGACCUGCACAUCCACUUCCCUGCUAACAUCCUGGACAGCAUCCGGAAGCACUGCGUGGAGGGGAAGCUGGCCUACGCCCCCAUCGUCAUGAGGCUGAGCUGUGGCAGCUCCCCCCGGGAGCCCAAUGGCUACUGGGAGGUGAACGGCUUCGGCCUCUUUGGCAUCUACAAGUCGGACUUUGACCGUGUGGGAGGGAUGAACACGGAGGAGUUCCGGGACCGCUGGGGCGGGGAGGACUGGGAGCUCCUGGACAGGGUGCUCCAGAGCGGGCUGGAGGUGGAGCGCUUGCGCCUCAGGAACUUUUACCACUACUACCACUCCAAGCGCGGCAUGUGGAACACCCGCAGCAAGAAGCUCUCCAAGGAGUAGUGCCCGAGCCCAGCCUGCAGCCCCUGACCCCUGGCACCUGCCUGUCCCCUGCCACCACAGCCACCGUGCCACCACUGGGGGCACCUGCGCCCACUGUGGCUUUCCUGGGGAGGGGGAGCGGGGAGGGCCAGGGUGGUGGCGGUGGUUUUGUCCUUAAGGGUCUAAUUUAGUCAGCAAUGAAUUCAUUAACUCCUUAGUGCCGGUGGGUCCCGGGGGCUUUGCUGGGUCCUGGAGGGCUGUGCCAGGCUGGGGACACUGGAGGUGGAAUUGUGACAUCCAGGGUCCCUUUGCAGCUCCUUUCCUGUGUUGCGCCUCCCUAAAAUACCCAGUACCUCGUCCCUGUGUCAGGCUGGGGAGCUGAGCUUUGGGGAGGGGCUAAGAACCCACUGGGGCUGCCCAAACCCUCCUGUUCCCCUUCCAGGACCCACGGAGGGAGGGGGGGUCUGGCACUGGGGACACUCCGUGGGUGGGGGGCAGAGCCCUGAGGCUGGCACUGCCCGUGCCAGGGGGGGCUGGGCUGGGGGGGACAGGCAGAGCCUGGAGCAGGUACGGGCAGAUGACAUUUCCAAGCUAAUUUCUGUGAAAUUAUGAGGUAGGAAGCUGUUUUCAGGAAGUUUUUGUCUGUUUGGUUUGGUCUUUUUUUUAUUCUUAAAAAAUUAAAAUCAAUGUCUUGGCUGA